UACAUUUUGAGAAAGUCAUGCGUGCUGUGGAGAAGUGGAUUUUGCUGAAUCUUGAGCAGAGUUCUUUAGCAGUCUAGUCAUGGAAGACAAUUGUGCGGUUGUGAAGCCUUUCGACGUUAGCAGUUCAGAGAUGGAGAAUAAAGAAGAAUCGUGUGUUUUGGGUGCAGCAAAGAAGGGAGAUAAGGAAAGGGAGCUGCCGCAGAGAAGGAAAACGAAAUCAAACCAGAUGAGGAAUAAAGCACCUCCCUCUCUGAUCGGGGAUCACCCUGGUCAGCUUGAUAGUCUGGAAAAAACCGAUAAAGGAGACGAAAAGCAUACCUUCCUUCAGCGCCAGAAAAGCUUCCAUUCGGACUCGAACCUCAUCGCUCAUUGCACCAGUUACAUCAAGGAGCAGCCGUUCAAAUGCGAGAAGUGUGGAAGGAGCUUCAGCCUGAAUGCGCACCUCAGCGCCCAUCGGCGGAUUCACACGGAGGAGAAAGCCUUCAAGUGCUCCCAGUGCAGCAAAAGCUUCAGCGUGAUCGCCGGCCUCACCAGUCACCAGAGAAGCCACACGGGCGAGAAGCCCUACAAAUGCUCGGAGUGCGGGAAAAGCUACAGUUCCAGCACCAGCAUGGCUUAUCACCAAAGGACGCACCGCGGGGAGAAACCUUACAAGUGCUUGGAGUGCGGGAUUGGCUUCAGUCUGAGCACCAGCCUCAUCUCCCACCAGCGGAUUCACACGGGCGAGAAGCCCUACAAAUGCCUGGAGUGCGGGAAGAGCUUCCGGGUGAGCACCAGCCUCACCUCCCACCAGCGGAUUCACACGGGCGAGAAGCCCUACAAGUGCUUGGAGUGCGGCAAGAGCUUUUGCGUGAGCACAAACCUCACGUACCACCAGAGGACGCACACGGGGGAGAAGCCCUACAAGUGUCUGGAGUGCGGGAUUGGCUUCUGCCUGAGCACCAGCCUCACCUACCACGAAAGGAUUCACACGGGAGAGAAGCCCUACAAAUGCCUGGAGUGCCAGAUGAGCUUCCGGCGGAGUUCGGAUCUCAACACCCACCAGAGGAUUCACACGGGGGAGAAACCGUACCAGUGCAUGGUGUGUGGGAAGAGCUUCCGGGUCAGCUCCAGCCUCACUUCCCAUCAGAGAACGCACACGGGGGAGAAACCGUAUACCUGCUUGCAGUGUGGGAAGAGCUUCAGCAGAAGCACGCACCUGAACGCUCAUCAAAGAACCCACAGGGCGGCAGCUGUGUGA